AUGGUUCCCAUUGGUGACGAAGAGGUCACAUGUACGGGUCACAAUUGUGGGUACCCCAUGGGCGAUGAGGCUCUGAUUGACUGUGCGAAGCUCCCACUCAGUAGCAACGACUGGGAGGUCGGAACUGUCACACUCUGUGAGUCUUGCCUCAGAGAGUUGUGUGGGGAACAGUGUCUGUCCGGUUCGGACGGUUCGUUGAAUACUUACUAUUGUCGUUUUAGUGGUUACCAUGGUAACAUCGCACGGAUUCCCGACAACCCAGUGCUGUUAGAACAUAACCUGCCAGAAACAUCGGAUGCGCACGGAUGACAUUUAAUUCGUGAUUGUUUUCAUCAUCGGAGUUCAUCAGGAAGGCGAAAGAAAGGGAGAUCUGCAUUCAAAAGGCACAGAGCUUUCCGGAUUGCAGGAAAAUGUUGUCAAUGUACCAGUAUUUUAUAUUUGCCCAAUUGAGUAU